GCACCGCAAUAAUAGAAAAAUAGAAAAAUUUGUAUUUAAUUCCGCCAAAAAAUGUUUGCCCGCCAGACUUUCAGAUCAACGUCUUCUUCGCUCUUCACCAGACUCUACUCCUCCUCUGCCGCUUCUAAAAUGACUACCAUCUACUUCGACACCUCUGCCGGCGGUCAGCCCCUCGGACGCAUCGUCUUCAAGCUCUACGACGACAUCGUCCCCAAGACCACCGAGAACUUCCGCGCUCUUGCCACCGGCGAGAAGGGAUUCGGCUACGCUGGCUCUUCCUUCCACCGUGUGAUCCCCGACUUCAUGCUUCAGGGUGGUGACUUCACCCGCGGUGACGGCACCGGCGGCAAGUCCAUCUACGGCGCCAAGUUCGCCGACGAGAACUUCCAGGCCAAGCACACCAAGCCCGGUCUUCUCUCGAUGGCCAACGCCGGCCCCAACACCAACGGCUCGCAGUUCUUCAUCACCACCGUCCCCUGCCCCUGGCUCGACGGCAAGCACGUCGUCUUCGGUGAGGUCACCGAGGGCUUCGACGUCGUCAAGAAGAUCGAGUCGUUCGGAACCCGCAGCGGUGCCACCAAGACUCAGAUCAAGAUCGAGAAGUCGGGCACUUUGUAAAUAAACAAUCUUGUUUCUUUAUCGCGAACUUAUAUUUCUUCUUCUACUUGCUCUUAACUCCUUGUCUUUUGACUAUCGUAUGGCAGUUCUUUUGACGAGAGGUUAGUUGCUUUUUUUAUUCUUAUAUUCUAAAAAACUAUACAUUUGUUCGAUUAUUCUAAAAAGAGAUUCAUAUUCUUGCAAUUUGAACA